AUGUUUGUUGCGCAAGUACGAUCCAACGAACGCAAGGGCGCGGUAAAAUGACACGCUUCAUCGGCUCACUUGCGAGUUCCCUUUUGGAACGCCGUGGCCUGGAUUGUGAAGAGUGCAGAGAGACCACGCCCCUUAGCGUCCCAACCUGGCCGUGAGUCAGCUAUAUAGGGGGCCUAUUUUUCUACCUAUAGGGGCACCUAAAACAACAAACCCCUAGAGGGACCCCUCAGAAAUUCCUCAGUAAAGCUCUUCUUCGUAUUCCGGAAAAUUCGUGGCAACUUUAAAGGUUUUUCUUUCACUUUUUUUUUCGAGCUCUCUGUUUGAAAGAUGGAUCUUUUAAUCAUUUUAAAAUUUUUCUGAACGUUGAAAUAAAUUUCUCCUUGAACAAAGCAAUUAUCUGAGAAAAAAAUUUUCCAUUUUAAAGUUGAAUCAUGAUUUUCAAUAUAUAACUUGUCAAAAGCCAAUUUUCAGACUGCCCUGGAGAGCCUCGUCGAACAGAAGCACAAGGAAAACGUUAAUGUUGGCGAGCGCAACUCGGAAGCUCAUCCACAUCUGUUGAUGAUCGACGUUUCCACGGAGGUCAACGAUUUUUUUCGGAAAUUCAAUCGUUCUUAUUCGAUUUUUUUGACUGUAAAUGGUGUUAUAAUACACAUUUUGAAUUCAAAAAAUUUUUGGAGAAUAUUUCAUCAACUUUUGAACAUAUAUGUUUGGCCGUUAAGGAUCUUGAGAGGGAAAUAAAAAUGUUCCUCUAAAAGCUCCUAAAAUGGUGUGAAAAAGCUUUCGAGCUACUUUUUCAUAGCCUCAGGUUUUGUUAGAGGAUGUUAAAAAGAUGCAAAAAAUUAAGGAAGUGAUAUAAAAAAGAUCUGCUGGGAACUCUUUGACGGUCUUUUUUUCAGAAAAGCGUUUGGGGAGCUUUUCAGUUUUGCCCGAGAAAAAAAAAUUUAAAAAGAUUCGAGAGGAUUCAAUUAGGAUCCUCUGAGGCUAUGAAAAAGUAGCUCAAAAGCUUAUUACACCAUUUUAGGAGCUUUUAGAGGAACAUUUUUAUAGCUAAUUCACGGCUGGCUUGAGCCAUCGAAAAAAGGGUCCUGACACGAUAAUGCGUGAGGUAGUGCCUGGCUCGUGGAGAGCGCAGACAUGCCACGCCCCCUUACCGUCCCACUAGCCGUGAAUCAGCUAUUCCUCUCUCUCAGGAUCCUUUAAGAUCCUCAAAGGGAAUGAAAUUUCAAAUUUUUUUUCAGAGUCCGGCCCUAGCCCGCGCAGGCUUUUUUCUUCAAAACAAAGGCCGAAAGCCCGGCUUGUCGCACUAG